AUGCUAGAUUCUAUCGCCCUGAGCAUCUGCACUCUCUCCCUGAGCACUCGCGGAGUCUCUUCAGAUCGAGACAGUGUUCUCAGCGCCAAAUUCAACACUAAUAUCGACUACGAGCUCAAAGAAUACAUUCUCUCCGAUCAGCUUCCUAGAGGACAGAGUACCAACACCAACAAGAACAUAAGCACCAACCCCAACACCAGAAUGUUAUCGACGUCACCAUUGACUCCAAACACUGCUCAGAGCACUCCCGGUAGCUCACAGAACAUAAAUCAACUUCCCAAUAAGAAGCGCUUGCGUGACAUAGACGAAGACGAGAACGAAAAGACUUACCGAAAAACCAAGAAACACAAAUCGUUCCGAAAACAUAAGAAACACCGAACUUCCUCAGGUCGCAAAUCGUACCGCAAAACUGUCAAGCCUAUCCCGGAGGAGAUACCAGAAACACCCCCUAAGCAGUCGCCAGUGCUUUCCGGGUUCACCCCGAUCAACAAGAGCCGAAAACAAAACCCUGUACCUCCACCAAUCCGGACUGAAACCCGGACUCCGCCAAAUACUAACCUAGCUCCAUCGGACACUGAAGGGAUCUUCCCGAGUAACUGGGGAGCAACCCUAACUGAUUCCGACUCCUUUCCCGACUUUAGUUCCGAACCCUCUGAAUCAUACAUAAGUGACGAUCAAGACCCAGCAACAGAUCCAGCAACAGGCCCACUAGCAGCAGUCUCCACUGCUUCCUCAGCACGCAGCAGUGCUUCACCAGAGGCCCUUGUACGGACGACCGUACUUAGGGUUAGUGCUACCCCACCAGCACCCGCUAGUGCUACACAAAAGAACGUUGCCCGGAAGACCAUAGUCCCAAGUCAAGUUCUCACUCGGUCCAAGUCUAGUGCAGUCCGCUCAAUAGGCCCAGCAGCAACAGGCCCAGCAACAGGCCGCUCAACAGGCCCAGCAGGCUCUACUACUCCCUCACCAGCACCCGUCAGUGCUCCACCGAAGGUUCUUGCACCGGGGACCCCUACAUUCAAGCCCCGACGCCCCUCUUGGUUAUUUUCUAGUGCAAGCCCGUCCGAACUAAUAGACCACCCCUCACCAGUACGACAAAGACUAAUUAGACCCGAGCCAUCGCCGAUUGUCCAAGAGACAUCCCCGAGUGUUCAAGACACAUCCCCGAGCUCGACCGCAUUCAAGAUGACUCAAGCAAGCAAAGCGAAGAUGACUUUAGGUCUACUCAACCUACCUAGAGUGUACACCAGCAUCCGCAACAGCCUAAAGGCGGAAAUGCAAAAUGUGGGUUGGGUCAAUAAAAGCACGUCCGGUAUGGCUGCGUUCAAUGCCCUAUGCCUUUACUUGAUGAACUUGCCCUCCCUCAACGGUUUUCUGCCAAUUUGGACUGGGGGUGACUCCGAUGCCCGUAGAGCACUAGCGAGUGCUCUACAGUGGCUCAUCGCAGAUGUUGGUAUGAAGGAUAGGUUAUCAAGGGGACAGGGAGACCGUCAGUUCAAAGAGGCUGCCGGUGAUAGUGAUGAUGAUGAUGACGGCGGUGGUCAGGCAGCCGGAAGACGCUCUCGCAAAGGGAAAGAGCGUGCAGUACCUCCGGAACUCGUGCGACCUUCCAUAAUGGUUACCGUGGUGGACCCCGAUGCUCUAGGGGCAUUCUUUAUGCUCGUCCCACCACCUACUUAUGACUGGAAUGAUCCCCUGAACGAACCUUCGUUCAUCGGAAUUUUGACCAAGAUAACUUUCCCCGAGCUAUGCAACUUGAUCCUGAAGCACACCACACCCGGCAGAGCAGUCAGGACUAUCUGGGGGGCAAUUGAGAAUGUCCCCCCGGCAGCUGUUCCUCCCGUUCGGCCGGUGGAGGUACAAAUUACCGAUUCAGAGGAGCUCGAAGGUUGGUUGAAGAACAGCAAUGCCAGGCCUCGGAGGAUAUUGGCGGUCCUCCACAGAGCAGGCGCGGGUGCUAACCUGGGUGGUGCGGAAUCCCCCCCGUUGAACCCGGCUUUCCCUCACGUUGAGGAAGAUGAUUAUAGCAUGAUCGAUAUUCCUGCAGAGGAUUGGGAUUACGAGGAGGGAAAGCACCGGAUAAAUGCCAAAGGACUGAGGGUAUAUAUGCCUAGAACUGAUGCCAGUAAUCAAAGGCUAAUUCAGACUCUUGUUAGGCGUCGCGAUAGACAGCAGGAUGCUAUCGACGAUUUAGACCCCAAAUACCUUAGGAAGUAUCCUUUGGGUGUCGGGGUUGCUGACCCAAACUUCUUACAGGGGACGAUCUGGACAGCUGCCGGGAUAGCAGCCAAGAGAGCUGCUGACGCACUCGCGGCUGCUGGUGCUGGAGGUGGAGGUGGUGGUGGUGGUGGAGGUGGUGGUGGUGGUGGUGGUGGUGGUGGUGGUGGUCUAGGACCUCCAACGCCUCCGGGCGGACCUCCUCCUCCUCCGGGCGGCGGUGGUGGUGGAGGACCAGCUGGAGGCGGUGGUGGUGGUGGUGGUGGGCCAGCUGGAGGCGGUGGUGAUGGUGGUGGUGGGCCAGCUGGAGGCGGUGGUGAUGGUGGUGGUGGGCCAGCUGGAGGCGGUGGUGAUGGUGGUGAUGGUGAUGGUGGUGAUGGUGGUGGGCAUCAUUAG